AUGGGUGGUCAAGAGAAGUGGCUGGACAACCAGCACCUCUUUGCAAUUUUUCGUAAAAUAAUGUUUUAUUCCAUUUUUAAUAACUGGAGGCGGCCGAAGACAACGAGAGAGAGAGAGAGAGACAUAGAGAGAGACAGACGGACAGAGAGAGAGAGAGAGAGAGAGAGAGAGAGAGAGGCAGACCUCGUGUCAUAUACGGGGUCCAUAUUUUGAGGGUGUAGAUCGGAUCAAACAGGGAACUGGAGCCGAGCUGGACCCGUUUAGAAUCCGAAACGUUUGACUGGAUAUACUAUGUCAACGGGAACUACACCAACCUAUCCCUCCUGGAAGAAUCAUUCUCCUCACGCAAUCGGGGUGGUGUCCUCAUUCGGUCAAAGUCAACUAACAGUCCAACUAGACCCCUCCAGGCUCGACAAGUGGCAGGCAACAAAAAAAAACUACAAUUCAGGUGUCAAUCGGUAAUGACUAUUUUAUUAAUGGCCUCCUAAUUCGAUUAUUUUUUCAAAUAAGCUAUUAUUUGCUAUUUUUGCUUACUCGAGGGGGGGAGAGAGAGAGAGAGAGAAUUAUCCUCCUAAUUUUACAGUAAAAUAAAGUUCCAAUAAUGUAAAAUGCCAACCAUAAUUAAUAUCCAAAUUAUUUAAUUAAUAUUCGUAACAAGUUAUAUUCCAUAAUUUUAAAAGUUGUUAUAAAAUAAGUUUAUAUAUUUAAUAAAAUAUUUUUUAAAUUGUGUUUCAACCUCGUAAAUAUUUUGUUACAAAUCCCAUCCGUUUAGUGUAACUGUUACUGAUAAAAUUUACCGGUAGUGAUACCGGUCGGCGUGUGCCCGGCCGUAUAAGAGCAUUCGACGGAGGUACCCUCGACGAGAAGAGCCUUCAGCAUCUCGCGGAGAGGGUGGUGGCGGGGGGAGAAGGCCGGGGGUGGGGAGCUGAGGCUCUUCGUCGAGUCGCUGGCGCUUCUUCGCCAUGAUGCUUUCUUCUCUACAACCAGCCGAAUUCCUUUUCUUGGCUUCCGGCGAGGUAGUGGAGAACUGAGGUGAGUUUUCCUUUAUCGUAUUCGUGAUUGGCGCCGGCGAUCCUUCGGCGGGGAUAAUUACUGUUCCUAGUGGGUGUAAAUUUUUCCAUGUGCCUGAGUAGUCUCCCUUUGGGAACGCCCGCAGCUUGUGCAGGGUGGUCCGAAGGCGGGGUGGGUUGGGCUACGUUUACUGGGGAGAGUUGCCACUGUCUUAUUCAAAGUGGAGAAGCUUUUAUAUUUUGAAACAAGUCGCGGCUAUCGGCCAUGGACCGCUGUAGAUGCUCCCAUUAUGCUUGAGAUAUUAAUGUAUAGGUAGAAGGUAGUUUUGAGAGGUCGUCAAUCUGUUUUACCCUUCUCUCUCUCAUCAGGUCAUCCUGCCUCUUCUGAUUUAAAUCGAAGAGUUUCCUCACCCCCCUUUUAUUUAGCCAGUAGUCUUCAGUCGCAAUUCUAUCUUUUUCUCUUUUAGCUUGUGAACACUCAUUUUUUUGCUGAUUUCAGGCUAUUUCUACGUACUGAAUGAAGGGAUGGAUUCACAUAUCCAGACAGCACCGCUGAUUGAAUGUCCUUCAUAUCCAAAUUCAGUUGCAUGGUCAGAGGAAAAUCUUGUGGCUGUUGCCUCAGGCUCCGUCAUCACACUAUUGGUAAGGACUUAAUAAUGAAAAAAAAAUAAUUUCUUGGCUUAAUCAUUGAUAACAUGUUUAGUCGUCAUCCUUUUCUUUGUAAACGCACAGAACCCAGCACUAAUUACAGGUCCCCGGGGGCUGAUUAAGCUUCCUCCCAACAGACCCUUUUCAAUUGGUGUGGUUAAGGAAGAAGGUUUGUCACUGAAAGAAGAUGCAACUUUUUGUCAUUUAAUUUCGUCUUACUUUUUCCUAAUUCUGCUUUGAUCAUGAUUUUAGGCGAGCGUAACCAAUUAAUUGGCUAUAUUUAUUACCAAAUGCGUAUGAUAUGAUUAACAUAUACUUUUCCAAAUGAUGAAUGUAGUGUCAGCCUCGUACACGGUUGCUCAUCACACAAUUAGAGUGUUCUAUUUAUGAAAAUACCGACGUUAGUCAAUUAUUAAUACUUCAUUCUUGACACAAGAUUUCAUGCCCUUGAAAUUGUCCAGGAUUAUCCCUACCAGCAUGUUAUGGUAGGCACCAAAUGGGGGUGUUUGCCUCGCACAUGCUCAUUAUAUUCAUAUUUGAUCAUUGGACAAAAAAAAUUGAAUAAAAAUAAAUCCGCAUGAUUUAUGAGCGACAAAUAACCUUUUUAGUUUAUUACCUAAAUUUUAUUGUAUAAAAAAAAUUCAAGCAUAUUUUAAAUGUAUCCCAUCAGAAAAAUAUUGCUGCAUUUGUGUGAGGUAUUCCCCUUAUCUAUGACAGAAUGCUCGAGUCUUGCAUAGUUUGAGAUCAUGAAUAGAUGCUCCGUGCUAUGAAAUGCCCUAUGGAUAAAUCCUGAGCCAUAAAAACAUCUUAACAUCAUCAUUAAUAACACAUGUCAUAAAAAUACGACGUUACAUUUUUAUCAUAGUCUUGUGUCUUAAGCCAUAUGAUUUUGGUGAUGAAACAUUUGGUUGUGUCACCACAGUCGACUUGUCCUCCAUCAUGGUUGCAUCGAACUGGUAUUUUUUGUAGCUCUCAAUGACACCACGAUAAUAAUUGUGGUGUGCAAAGUCAUAGGGCGGCAUAAUUAAAUUGACAUAUCCUUCUAGGAUUCUUAUGUUGUAGAAAAAACAGUUCAUGCAUAGAGCUUCUGCCUAUGUGUCUUUUGCUUUUGACAUGGUGCACUGGUCAUUUUUGUAAUCAUAGAUAAUGGAGUGAGCUUCAUCUGUCGUCGUCUCCUCUAUGGCCUUGGGGUCUAACUUACAUUAGAGAGUCAAACAUCUCAGAUACAUGGUUGAGAUGCUGCUCAAUAGGGGUUUUCAGCCCGCAAAUAGGUGUAUGUAUAUGUAUAGGUAUAUGUAUCUCUCAAAGAGCAUACAUAUGCAAAUGCAGGUAUGACAACGUCAGAACAUCUUAAUAUACAUCAGAAGUAAGUCAGACCAUGUAAUUUAUGCGAAAUAGUGGUAUUCUUAUAAAUUCAUAGCCUUUUGUGGUAUCCAGCAAAUUGGUGGGAGCAACUUAUUUCAUUAAUGAUGUGCUUCUCUGGAAAUGCUUCAAGCAAACUAAAUGCCUAUUAGCAUAGUAGAAGCAUUGAAUACUGUUGUUGAGAUGUACUUAAUAACCUGUACACCUUACAUGUUUAUAGAUAUGUCCUCCUGUAUCUUUCAUUUUUCGUGUUACAUCAGUAUGUCUAGAGCCUUCUAGGGAUCUGGUAUAAAUGCUGGGUCCCACUCUCCUUGUAUGAGUUUUCUUAAUCCAUAGAGUAUUUUGUUCUUCUUCCACGAGUGCUGGGCGUCUAUCAGAGCUCCAGACCAUGUGUUAUCUCGACUACAAAUACCAACCAGUCAAUUGAGUAGAUCAGCGAGCCUUUGUACGACAUAAACAUUUGCUGGUAAAGCCUGUUGGAUGACGGUGACAAAUGUCUCACGUAUCUCUGUCGAGUUGAAGUACUCUCUGUUGACUUGAACUUUCAGAUGAUUAUUUGUCACAAGAUUAUCAUGUUAUUAAACAGGCUGUCUCAGCUAAGUGCACAUACGUUGUAAUCGAUAUCUACAACUUGCAACAGUAUCUCAUGUGAUCUAAGAAUUAUUAUGUGUGAAUUUAUGUUGAAAUUCUGAUUCUUUUGAUUCAUGGAUGCUAAAGUGUGUGUAGUUUGCCUCUGGCUUUCCAAAAGUUUUGACUCAAGAUUAUUGGUUCCUCAGCUUCUCUAGGAUUACUGGAUAGCAUGGUUUUCUGAUAAUGUGAGGAUGUUGUACCUUGAAAUUGCGAGUUCCUGUGGUUUUCUAUAAUUCUGGGCUUCCAUUGCUUUAUAGAAGUUGCUCCUCCUUAUUUACGAAAUGUAAUGCACACUAGCAUGACACGUUUUGUUUCUUCUUUUAUUGUAGACCUCUGUGCUCCUUGCUUGAUGCCUAUAUCCCUGUCACGUGAUACUCGUCCUUGUGCUCGGUCAAUUUCGUGGUCUCCUCUUGGAUUCGCCCCCAAUUCAGGGUAUGCUAAAUUCAAGAAUUUCCGAUUUUACUUUCCUUUCCAAAUAUCUCAAGUCACCGAGUAGAUUGGUGAAAUUUGGAGUGUCUAUGUCCUUUUUGUUCAAAAAUGUUAAUGCAUGUUUCCAUCCUUUGGGAUAACAUAAUCCUCAUAUUGGGUAAUGGUCAGGUCAAUAAAGAUUUACUGUGGACUUCAAAAUAUUUUUGAUGAACUAGCCUUGUUGAUGGUAGCAUAUUAACAUAAAUGACUGGCGUGUAUGCAGAGAAAACCUGCCACAAAUUGAGCAGAUGAGAUCAGAGUUUGUUAGUUCAUGGGGAUUUCUCUUGAUCCAUUGUGGUGUUUACUUGGGCUUGACAUGGAUGGGAUGGUUCUAAUCAUUACUCUUUAAUUCUGUGACAAGAAUUAUCAUGAAUUCCCUAGGUGCCAUGGAUUUGUUAAAUGUUGGAUACAAGAUCUUUGGUAAUUGAAGAGCAAUUGUGCCAACAAUAUUGUCAUAACAACUAAUGCAUCUGAACUGUAAUUCUACGGCAAUAAAGAUGCGCUAAGUGAUAAAAAGAGAGGGUGAUCUUUACUGAGCUGUAUUUUCCUUUCAUAUGUGUGCGGUUUUGUGUAUUUUUAUAUCCUUAACAUGAAUGCAUUAUGAUCUUUAAUGCUGACUGUCAAUGUAGAAAUAAGAUAUGCAUCCGUAUUCAAGGAGUUUUAUUUAUCUUGACAAAGUAGGUAGAGAAAAUAUUCACAUAGUGGAACUUUCUACAGAUGCUUGCUUGCUGUGUGUACCACUGAUGGCCAUGUUAAGCUCUAUCGCUCUCCGUAUUGUGAAUAUCGUGUAGAAUGGGUUGAGGUAUGCUCUUCGAAAAUAUGCUACCUUUUCUAGCACGUUAGUUAUCAUUCUAAUAUGCUUUAUUACUUUUGUUGCAUUUGUUUAUGAAUAUUUCGAGCUUUUAUCCCUAGCCUGCAUUCUAAGUAGUUGAUGGUUUUCUCUUUUUCGCUUCUUCUAGCUGUUUGUUAUAUUUGGUGCUGUCGAAAAUGUAUUAACUCAAUUCUUAUGACUUCCAUGUAUGGAAUAUAAGUUUUUUGAAAUUGGAAAAUUGAAGUGCACCGUAUGGAAGUAGUCUACAUUGAACUAUUUGUUUAAAGAAAACCUGCAGAGAACUAUAAACGUGCGAUAAUAAAUCCAAAAGGUUAUAACAUCUCUCAAUAGCAAAUUUCUAAUAAACUUCACUACCAAAUGUGAAAGCAGCUUCGGAUAAUUACUACACAGAAGGAAACUCUCAACUCAUUUUCUUACAACAUGAUGCCAUUUUUGAGCAUUGCAAGUCAGAAGAUGAGAAGUAGGAUUUUCUCUGAUAAGGAACAUGGCUGUGAUAAGGGGACCCUGCGAGUACAAUUUACUUUCAAAGAUUCGUCUGGUCCCCUGUAUCCAAUUGGCCCAAUAGAUUGCUGGAAACGUCUGUUGAGUGCUGUAUCGCGAGGGGAGAAACCCUAAUCUCGAACAGAUGGGUAGAAAAAUAACACACACCUUACUUGAUUAACGUUUGGGUCUUGUAUUUACCAGACCCAGAGUACAGGAGUUGAAUCGGACCGGUCCAGUCCGUUUUGACGCUUAAGUAAUAAAGAAAUAUUAUAAUAAAGAAAUAAAAACAGCUGCAACUUCUUCCGACAAUGUCAGAUCUAUAGGAUAUAAGAACAUAUAUUCCUCUAUUGUGGUGCUGUUGUUUGGGUCUAAGGUUGCAUGAAUUGGCCAUAAUAAAUCUUUUCUAUGGAUAUUCCAUUUUGAUACUCUAAUAUGCCAAAUAGCCAUUAUUAAACAUUAAAGAAGAAAAUGAGGGGCAUGGGUUCUGGGAGAAAAUAAAUGCAUAAGACAACACAGCAUCAAUGACGGCAAGACGUGUUAAACUGCUGAAAGAAGGUAAUUUUUUUCUGCGCAAUGUCUUUUUUCUUGCUAUUGUGUCACCUACCGCUCUAGGGGGUUACUGUUUGCUUUUGUUGCCUAUCUCCUAAAAGGGGAGCAGAUGAGGUCCAGCUCCUUUAUACUUGACAGUCCCAAUGCUCAAUUAUGGAAACAUGAGAUUUUAUUUUGUUGAUAUUUUCUUACAAAGACUAAUCUGUUGAAGUUUUUUAAAUCAGACUAGUCACCCUUAUGAAGGUUGACUGACUUGGACAUCCAAGAUUGCCUUAAUCCUGAAAAAACGAGUUGAAUCUGAUCAAUUCGGUUUUGAUUUAAUUUUAAGUUUAAUCAACCGAUCUUGGCUUGUGAUCUCCUAUUCUAAACAUAAUCAUGCAGAUUCCUUUAUUAGACUUUAUUCAUGUAGCUUGUCAAAAUACUACAAAUAGAGUCAUGUUGUCGAGUAUGCACAGAUCAGGUCAUACCUUUGAUUGAUGACCUAGCUCUGACUGGGGCAGUCAAAUCAGUCUAACAAUUGGAAAGAAUCAGUGUAAUAAACAUUAAUAAUAUUUUAUCCUAAUAUAUUACAAGGUUGAAAAUCUCAAAAGUUUUCAAAAGAAACAAGGAUUGACUUAAACAUUUCAUUUUUAUGUAUUUUUUUUAAGUGCUUCUAUCAAAUUCCUGUAUAUGUUUAGCUCAAGUUUUCAAGGUGACUAACGACGGCUGCAGAAAUACUAAUUAUCGAAAUAAGUACUCACUUAAAUUUUACGUGUGAUAUGUACAGUAGUUUAUUAAAAACUGCUAACUAUCAAUGGUUUGUUUUAUGGGUAAACUUUUGGUCUCUGGCAAAUACAAUGGCUAACAUUUAGCCUUUUGUGAACUGAGCUUAGGAUGUGGCCGUUUUCAGUUGGGAUCUUGGAUAUGUGAACAGAUACACAUUGUUUCACGAAUGCUUGUCCAUGAGUGGUUAUGUGUUUAUCUGUGAAUAGGAUCUACCAUGCAGACAAAUCCAUAGAGCUAUGUAUAUGAACAUGAGCAGCCAUCUUGCUGGGCGCUUGCUAAGAGGGAACGAAUGUCUUGGUUAUCCUACUCACCUUCUUGCCUGAGCUAUUCUUUUGCUUUCAUAUAGAAUGAUUUUGAUACUAGAUUAAGGAGAAAUGGAUGAAGGAAAAAAAAAAUUGAGAAUGAAAAUCGCAAACUGAUCUUCAUGAGUUAGUUUUAGCAUAAUCUUGGAAAUUUCAGGUAUUUCAGACCGAGCCAGAUGGUAUGCAUUGUUCAAAUUCUUAACUCAUAACGUUGAACUUGUUAAAUGAUGUUUUUUCUGGAUAUUGGCCCUUGGUCUCACUUUUCCAACGAUGAGUAGAGUUUAAAAUUUUUAAGUUUUUUCUUUUCAGGCUAACUGUUGAUGAGACUUCUUUGAUAGCUGGCCUCCAAAAAUGCCUUUUUUUCGCUUUUUGCUUAUUUCCAGAUUUACUCUGGAAUGAUGUAUGUCAAUCAAUCUAGAACAACCAAGAUGGAGACCUUUGGUCUGGUUUAAACUUUAAUGUAACGAUGUAAUUUUGAAUCUACUACCAUGUAGACUUUUUCUACAAUCUUUUUUAAAUGCCUUUUAUGCUUCUGUUGUGUUUUCUAGACCUGAUUUUUAAUUUUUGACCCAAGUAUCCCUUUAUGAUUUUAGGUUAUUGACAUUUCUGAAAUGCUUUCUGAUUAUCUUGCAAGUAUCAACUUUGGUGAGGUUAAUAGAUCAUCAGAAUGCCUUGACAAGGUAAGCUUCUUCCUAUUGAAUAUUAGCCACAAUGUUAGUGGAGCAAUUGUUAUUUGAAACUUGUCUGAUUUCAAUCAUUAAUCUGUCAAUUUGAUCAUUGCUUGCACCAUUACCUAGGAACAAACCAAUAAAUUAUCUGGACUGAAGGGUGACAAUGAUAUUGAUUCUCCAAGUUCUUUUCAAAUAAAUGGUGCCAAGGGAAAAGGAUUUAAAGGGCCAUCCGGAAGGUGAGCACCUGAACUUUGUAUUCUACUUGUAGCGUGCAAGGGCAUAUCUUGGUUGUAUUGUCCGUUUCCAAAUCUUUCAAGUUAAAUUUCACACAUAUUAAAGAUUCAUUUUUCUUUGGACAUCUGGCGAAAUUUAUUUACGAAAGAAUAAAUUGUGGUCAAUUGUCUCCCUGGAAAUUGUGAAUAUAACGUUUCUCUGGAAAUUUAUUUUCAAUCAUUAAUCUUGAAAAUCUUCCUUGGUUGUAUAUUCCAGAUGUAUUCAAGUUCUUUCCAAGAUCAUGGCCUAGUUCACUACUUCUAGUGGAAUGAUGUGUAGUCAUGUGCUGAGUAUUUUUUAAUUUGAUGAUCAGGAGAUUGUGAGAUAUUUUUGCUGUUCUACCCUUGCCUCUGUCAUGAUAGUGGAGUCUUUAUGCCAUGUGCAUUCUCUUAGUUUUGUUGGGAAUCAAAUGCGUAUCAUUAAGCUUGUGAAUAUCCCUUUACGUUUUUCCUCCCCAGAAUCCGAGCUUCUCUUCAAACGCAUUUACCCACCGCAUUCAGAAACUGACAAGUGAUAAGCAUGAUUAUUGUCACAUAUGUCUCGACAACUUGGGAUAUGGUGCAUAGAAUUUUUUAACUUCAUAUUUCAUAUUGACUCCUAACAUGUCUAGUCUCAUUUCUCCUUUCAUUGCCAACGUUUAUUCUUUUCUUUUCGAUGUGUCCAUCUUAAAAUUCUCAAUCCAGUUUUUCUGGUAUAGUUGCUGUGGUAUUUCUCAAUAGUCCAACACGCUACCUGCACAUUAUAGCCAAUUCCCAGUUGUUUUUAAUGUAAAUUUCUUUUGAUGUCAUUGAAAUACAAUGGUCAGGAAGUGUCCACUGAGUCAGUCUUUCCUUUAACUAAGCACUACACAGUGUGAGAUCUAUAUUUUAUGAUGGUCAGAAAGUGGUCAGUAUGCUGACAACCAUUAACCUUUGUCUGAGAUCUACGCUUUUCUCUCCCCAUGUCAGUUACCACUGACAAAUGAAGUGGAUAAACGCGAUAGACGAGCUGGCUAAAUCGCGCACCUCAAAUUGAGACCCCAAAUUCAAACUCAAGGGAAUACAAUUUUAGUUUGCAGAAUGCAUGGCAGACUGUCUAAUAUAUAAACUACGGCUUAAAAUCAUGAUGUAUUUGUGUACUCAGCAAAUCACGGAUUCUAAUGCAGAGAAGAGGAAAGUUCUAAAUGUACAGAGUUUACAUGUAGGCAUCUCUUAGCAUUUCCCUAUAUUAUCUUCUUCACGCUAUAUAAUUUGUUCUGUGCUGGUUAGCAACUUUUUUUCUUCUUGUCUGUCCCUUGGUCCCUCAUGAAAUCUCAGGAAUAUCUUGUGCUGUACAUUAUGUUGGAAUCCAUCGGUAGCCCAAAUGGGGGGUAUCAUGUGCUCAAUAAGUUCACUCUACAAAUUGAGUGCCACUCCAUUUUUGCACCUGUAAAAUGAUCAUUGUCAGCUACUGCCAUAGACUGAACUUUUAAUCCAUCCCAAAGGAGUGUUCUGAACUUUCACAGCACACACGAACAGAUUAUUGAUCUGAAGGAGAUUUAGCUCAUUGAGUUCAUUGUAUUACGCAAUAAUUUACUCUGCUAAUCUCCAGAGAGAUUAGCUUGCCAUGCAUCUGCAGCUUCUACAAUAGACCCCUCCCUGAUUAUCCUUCCACCAGGUACUUGGAAAUUUGGCUCCUUUAUCACCAAGCAUGUCUGAUCUCUUUGAACUUAAAACGGCAUGCAAAAUGCAGUGUGUAUCGGGUUUUGAGAUUGAUUUAGAGCUAAUUAUACUGCACCUUAAUCAUAUUACUUUCAUGCAAGGACAGCCUUCUAUCUCUUCCCUCUGAAAAUCAACCAUUUCAUUGAUUCCAGUAAUUCUCAUCCAUAUGAUCGUUUGCAUAUAUCAUAUACUUUCUUUAUGAUCUCGAAAAGAUGGCUACAUGCCACCAAAUAUUUCUCAAAGCCCAUUUUCUUUUGCCUUUGUUUGCAGUAAUCCAACAUCAACCUUUCAUCCUUACCAGUUAUCAUAUCUUGCUGCGUCUCUGGGGUCUCUAUGCUGCUGCAUGGGUUUUGUUCAUAUCAAGAAGCAAAGAUAUUAUGCUGUUUUAAUGAUGUUGUUAAUGGAAUAAUUCUAUGAUUGAUUCGUCUUCAUGGUUAUUGCGUUAACUGAUCAAACAGGAAGAUUCUGUUCUUUCUAUCGGAGAAUACUUACUGGUUUCAUUAUGGGAAUAUAUCGCAUGCCUUGAUGUAUAAGUUGGACUCACUUCAAUGGCUUUAGAUAUUUUGUGUUUGUGUCCUCUUUUUCUCUGCUUUUUGUGUAUAUUUUUCACCUUUUAUGAAAACUAUGAAUAAUAAUUUGUAAUGUUCAUGUGCUACCGGUGGUGGUAAUAAGUCGUAAUUCAUAAAUUUUGUUUACUUUGUAUCUCACUUGUAUCUUUGACAUCUGAAUUGUUGUGCUUUAAAUCUUGGCUGUUUUAUGUAUAUAAAGAAAUUUGAAACUUAUGAAGAGGUUUAAGUUUAAAUUCAAAUGACUUCUCAGUUGUUGUAUUUAUGUUUAUAUUUUUUUUAAGGAAAGGAAAGGAUUUUGAGAGCAAAGCAGAAAAGGGUCCCCUUCUGAUCACUGCUGAGCAAUAUGCUUCUCGUAGUGCUAUGUUAUCAUCACUAACUGUGGCCUGGUCAUCAGUAUUGAGUUUAUCAUCUGGAAGUUUCACUAACUGUAAAUAUGCUGUACUGGCUGUUGGAGGGAAGUCUGGUAAAAUUUCUUUUUGGAGAUUCCGUCAACCAGAGUACUACACCAUUGAGCAUGGAAGGGUUUCUUUUGAUACGAAACUCGUUGGACUUCUUCAGGCACAUGAUGGAUGGAUCAAUGCCAUUAGCUGGGAAAUGCUAAGUACGAAUCCUUUAAAGCCCCAAUUACUCUUGGCUAGUGGGAGUUCUGAUGGAAGGUAUAUUUCUCAUGGAUGUAGAUAGGCAGUCAGUUUUUCGUCCUUAUUUGCUCUUUUCCGUCAUCAAUUGGCUUGUCUGAACCUAAUUGUUUUUGUGAUAACUAUGGCUCCUCAAAUGCAUAUCUAUUCUAUCAAAAGUCUAAAUGAAGGGAUUCACUGUAACUUUUCUUAGAAUCUUUCAUUGGUCGUAUCGUACACGAGUUCGCAAUUGUUAAAAAAAUCACAUUGAAUAGAAAAGAAAUACUUGUCUGAACACAGUAGGACACACCUCCUUCAAAAUCACACCAACAAAAGUGACGGCAGGAGCAUCACCAGCCACUAACCAGUGAAGGAGAAAGGAAGGAUAAAGUGGGAAAGAUACAGCAGGGGAGGAAGCGAAAAAAAAUCCAUCUUGGAGCGAAAAAAAAAGGGUGCCGGGUUGUGGGUUGUUCCUUCGCAGUGGUGAUGGGACUAACCUUGACACUAUCCCUUGAUUUAGUUAUGCAUUUGCUCAAUUUUGACAAAACAAUUGAAGUACAUAAAGUUUAUCCUUGAUUUUAUCUAUUUACGUUUAAUUCCUCGUCAUCACCUGCCAUCAUGAGGGCAUCAGUUAUUCAUAGCAGAGAGUGCUUUAAAUGUUAGUAUCGCAAAAAUGUAGAUCGAACAGAAAAAAAAAAUCAGAUGGUAUUGAUAAUAGUAUGAAAAUUGCAUGUCUCAGACAUACAGAAGUUGAUCUGUGGAUCACGUUUUCAUUAAUAUAGCAUGCCUUUUGUCUUUUCAAUGAUAGUCAGGGAACUGCUAUGAUUCAGUGAUGCAAAUGUCCCAGUCAAUCCUAUUCUCUGGAAUAUCUGUGAAUCCAUGUAGAAAAACAGAGGCCUAUCGGAAUACCAGUGAAGACACUAGAUUUGUUGCUAGAUAUUCUAUUCGGUUGUGUUAAUGAAGCACAACCUAUAUAAAUAUAUCCGCAUCUUUGAUAUCAUUUAUAUCUUAAACAGUAUGUGUGUGGAGGUCAAUGUUUUGAACUAUUCUUUAAUUUUUGUCUUUAUUUAUCACUGUUUGGGGCUUAUCUUUACAAAAAUUAGAACUAAUGUCAUUUUGAGCUGCUUUUUUGCAGUGUGAGAUUUUGGAUAAUGGAUGGUGAAGAAUUAGUCACCUCAUCUGUCGUCAAGUUUACUUCAUUUCGACUUUUGAAGGAGGUAUGAACGUAAACUGCUCUUUAAGUGCUUGAAAAUUUUAAGUCAUAGCUUUCAAAUUAUUCUUUCAUUAUAUUUUCCUUAUUUUUAAUGCUGUAGGUGAUAUCUGUUACGCAUAUUCCUAUAUCGACACUGGCCAUGGCUGUUCCCAUGAAAUCUCCAGAUUCAUUUGUUUUAGCUAUUGGAAAAGGAUCUGGUUCACUAGAAGCUUGGAUAUGUAAUGUUUCAUCGAGUAAGUUUGAGAGAGUUGGAACCUACAAUGCCCAUGAUCAAGUGGUAUGCCCAAAUUUCACUGUCUCAUAUGACGCAUACCAAUAUUCUUAAUGAUUCUUUUAUUUUUUUCCAAAAUGGUUGUAGGUUACUGGUCUUGCUUGGGGUUUUGAUGGUUGCUGCCUGUACAGUUGUAGCCAGGUGAGACAAAUUCUUGAUAAUCAUGGUCUUCAGUGACGAUAGUAUAAUGUUUCAUUGUCAUUCAGCUCAUUUUGAGCCUAUCUUGCUGCUUACUGUUAUAUGUAGAAAUUAUAAUUACUUCGGUUUUGAUAUAAUACUUUACCAUCUACCUGACGUGAUAGACUGAUGGCUGACUGAAGUUUGGGUUCACUUUACAAUGCCGAACAGUCAAUUCGUGAUAUAGUAUGGUUUGGGGUCAGGGUUCAUGCUUAUUUUUAGGGUUUGACUUAAUCAACUUCGCGCCUGACUCAUGACUUAAACUUAUCCUUUUCAAUGUCCAUGAUCGGUCAAGGUGAUCUACUAAGUGAGACUAUUUGUUUCAUGUGAUUUGAUUACGUGGAAAACACACAAACAGAAGUGGCAGCCGAAAAUUCAACUCUUCCACAGUUGCAGGUGAUAAAGGAUAUGGGUUCUGGUUGAAGAAGAUGGAUGACGAUAGUAGAGACUCUAGCAUUUCACGGAAAUCUUAAAUGGAACUUCUAGGAGAGCAAUGCAUUGAGUUUAUUUUAUAGACAAUGAAUCAAUCCGUCACUAACACUUUUUUUUACUUCAAGUUUGGGUUUAGGACAUUACACGGCCACGUUAUUGGUCUAGUAGUCUUGAAACGUAGUCAGAUUGGAUGACAUCAGUAAAACUCUUAUGAGUCGGUGAAGUCUGUUGUCAGAGUUCAGAAUUUGUAUAGAAAGGCAAUAACUGAAUACGUUUUUGGCCAGGUAUCACACAAAACUGCUCACCUGUCUAGCUUUUGCUGAAGACUGUAGGAAGUAAGAACUUGCAUGGAGAUUGAUGCAUAUUUCUCAUGGAUACUUCGUUUUGUACAUCGAGCUGUAGAAAUGCUGAAGAAUCAUCUCUAACCCCUGGUUCAUACCAACAAGCAUCUAUUUGUCUCGAGCAUGCAUUUGACUCUUAUGUUGGGCCUCAUAUCAAAGGCUGACUCUUGUGGUUAGAUUAGGUCAAAGAAAUGCGAAGAAUAUUAUUAUUUUAAAGAAUAUCAACGAUGUAACUGCAUGUACUGACCAAGCUUUUGCGCCUGUUAACAAUUAUUACUGCCCUUGGUCAUCUAGCAUUGAAAUGAUUGUUUGCUGGUAUAUUAGGUUCAGUUAUUUUCAAUCUUUCUUCUCUUAAUCUCGACAGGAUAGUGCAAUAUAUAGCUGGGAUCUGUGCAUGGGUUCCCAGGAUGAAAUGCUUUCAAACCCCAUGAAGCUCAAUGAGUCAAUAAAAGUAUAAAAUCACCUCCGUCCGUUGUUCUAUAUUUUGCAACUUUUCCCCCGCUCACUUAUUAUAAAUUCUGUUGUAGGUGGCUUUCCUAUUGGAUCCAUGUUUUGGUUUGGUCCUCUCUCCCGGAAAUUUGGUGAUUGCUGUGGUGAACAGUCUUCCCCUGGCCCUAUUCUAAUUUAGUCGGAAUAUUGAGUGGAACUAGCUGCAUUUUUAUGUUUAGCUUGACUUUUUUUAUAUUUCAAAAAAUUCACUUGUUUUAGUUUGUAAUCAGUUUGGAAUUGCUGCUAUCUUCAGUUCAGAUGGAAACAACUAUUGGUUCACUGUUUACAUGCAUGAGAUUUUGGAUAUUGGUGUGAGAUAAAGAGACUUUGUUCGUCUAUGUUGGCUCCUCCUGCUGUGAAUCUUUCAUUGGAGAGCUAGGAAAUACUAGGAGACUUUGCAAGUUGGAAUUGGUCAUUCCAAUGGGAAGAAGUAGAGUAUUCAUUCAAUAUUUGUUUUGUCAGGAUGCUCAUCAGGGAUGUUGCCUCUGUGAUAAUCAAAACAAGUGGGAUUAUCUCCAUUCCAGUCCUGUAGUGCCAAAGAAUUUCUGACCCAAUGAAAUGUUUCUGACCCACCUCAUCAAAGGAGGCUUGAUAUAGAUUUGGCCCACUCUAUGAUCUGUAUAAAAAAUCUACAAUUUGUCUUACUACAAACCUUCAAUGCCCAAUUCGAUUGAUGUGUUUUUGCUCCUGUUCCACUGAUAUUAAUUCAUAUGCUCAUUCGUCACUUGGGCAAACAAGAUUCAUCAAUUACUGAUUGUUGUGCGCCGUAUCACAGGCGGUGACACCCCAAAACCACCCUAAUCUGGAAUAGGAAGGUGAAGAAAAAAGACGUGCUUAACUUGAUUGACUUUUGGGUCUGGUAUUUACACCAGGCCCAUAGUACAGGGGUUGAACUGGACCGGUCCAGUCCGGCUCGACACUUGAGCAAUAAAGAAAAUAUUACAAACAAGGAAAGGGAAAAAUACAACUUAUUCUGACACUCAUCGUUGCACAGAGCCAUGGGAAACAGCUUGUGUAGCACGCUUGAGCCUCAUGAAUAAGCUUAUUGUAGCAUGGGUCCUCAGACAGCAAGCUGAUGGGACCCAAGUCUUUGGUUUCAUGUACCCAACUAUUGAGAAUGAUACAUUAUGAUUGUUAAAUGAAUCAUACGUUACUUAACAGUCAUAGAUUAUCAAAGAAUUUUUUUCCCCCCUGAAAACUGAUCAGAUAGCUUUGCAUUGUCUGUGUCAAUGAUACAUGGCUGAUUAUGACUGAAACCAUUCUCGAAGCACUCAUCAACUGAAAGAGUACUAAAAAUGGAAAGCUGGAAAACCAACUUUAUUCUUACGAAUCAUCCCAUAUGGGCUCCUUUCUUCCUUCCCUUCUCCUCCAACUUCAAACCUUGUCACCAAUAUAAUUUCUUCCAGGAGGUGUUUGGGUGUUAUUUUAUGGUCAUCCCAUAAAUUCCAUGGGCUAUGCAUUAUGGACUCGUCUGAUGAUGCAGGAUUGGUAGUUCAAAUGUUUUGGGAAGAAAAUAAAUAAAUUUGUAGAAGGAAUUUGUCAAAGUUUUUCUUUUCUUUGAGUACCUGUACUAGCUUACAAACAAUAACUUUUGUUGAUUUGUUGGAAUAGUAUGAGAAAAAUACUUUGCCACGAAUCCCCUAUAACUUGUUUGAAUGAUUUGGUUUUUUUUUUUCAUUCUUGAGGAGGAUUCAUUGAACUUUGAGUGCAUCAUUCCUGGUUCAUAAUUGUUUAUGCUAUCUAUUCAGUAAGCUAACUGGAUAUUUCUAUUAUUUUACAGGUUCGCGGUUUUGACGUUGAUCUUCUGAAUCCAAUGUACCAGGCCCGGUGAGGCUCGAUUCCAAACAUUCUUCAAUAUAUAUAGCCCGGUUCUCUUCUUUCUCCCAAAAAUUACAUUGUUCUCAGUGCUCCCCAGGACUCAAAAAGCAGCUGUAGAGUUCUUAUGGACAUGCGGUCCGCCAGUCGAUCACACACCGAAGAAUCAAACAAACUCCAAGAGUGUUAUCGAGGGAUCUUCUUCUCUUGCUGAAGGGAACUCUUCGCAUUGGAAGUUCAAAAUUUUAUGGUCACUAAACCAGUAUAUCGAUCCAGAGAAGCCGCUGGUUUUAUGGGACAUCUUAUCUGUGCUACUGGUUUUCAAGCAGACUGCUCCUAGUUUUGUUGAGCAGUUGCUUCUUGAGUGGCUCUCGAGCUGGUUCUCAGACGUUUCUGUGGGCAUCUCUAUUGAAGAUAUCCCAACUCACAUCCAGACAUCCUUUCCGAAGAUUAGCAUCCGCCUGAUUCACCUUCUCAACAUAAUCUGCAGACGACUAGUCUUGCCUGAGAUGAACACUGAAGAAGCCAAAGAUGGAACCACUCACAAUGAAGCAGGGAAAGUACACUCAUGGCGCAAGUUAUUAAUUCACAGCGAGACCAGAGUGAGGGUUAGGGUUACGACCUUUUCAUUUCAAGCUGCUCUCUUUGGUGCCUCACAUGCGGCUGAGGCUUCUUCCAGCAGUGGAGUUUGGUCACCAGUUGGGCUAACACAGAUGAAGCAGUGGGUCGCUAUCAACAGAGACCUGGUAGAGGAUCAGCUUCUAGUGCUCUUAUCCAAAACUGAUGAACCUCCUGGCAGGUACUUACCUAACUUGUUCUAAGUUUUUGGCUUCUCUCUCCAAAAAAAAUAAUAGCAAAUAUACCUUUGGAACAAUGUUACUACCUCACAGCUCCCUAACAUUGAUCACAGUUCAGAACUGAAACAAAUUUCGUUCCUCCUGUUCUUCUGAGUCCUUGAUGAUCACCAUCAUUUUCUCAGAGUAACACAAAUAUUAUUUAAUCGCUUAUAAAUUUGAACUGUUUGUGACAUGCCCAAGUUUGUAUUUUCAGAAUAAUCUUCGUAACCAUUGCGUGAUUGCUAUAUUAAUCCAGUGAUUCUUCUCUCCUCUCUCCGCUCGCAGGGCUGAGUCCAUCUGUGAAGACGAAGAGGAAGAGAGCUGCGGCUUCUGUUCUUCUCCUGUGGCAUUCGAAUCCCCUGAAUCCGCCAUCUGCAAGGCAGCCAGGGGCCACAAGCUCACCCGUUGUGCGGUCUCCAUGCAGGUCUCUUCUGUGCACGGCCUCCAGUGGUUCUGCAUCUGCUGCCAGAGGUGGGCAUCCGUGCUUCUGCCUAGCUCGUUCUUCAGCAGCGACGGUGCCGGCCAUGAGAUCGGGCGCUCAGCUUUGCUCUACUGUUGCAGACCGCUGUGCCCCUUCUGUGGGAUAUUGUUGCAGAGGUGCGCUCCCAACUUUCUGCUCUCUGUGAAUCCAGUUUGA